GAUAUUGUUAGAUUGGCAACACCGUCUUUCAAAGAGAAAUAAUUGCAAACUGAAAUGUGUGUGAAAGUAAAUAAAGGAAUCUAUAUAAAUUUUCAUUUUAUUGUCAAUUUUGUUAUUUAAAGAAAAGCCCAUCAGAAAUCAUUAUAAAAUGGUUGAGGAGAACGAACGAGAUAACUUAGAUAGUAAAGCUGCAGCCCCAGAGGCUGCAGCGGAAGACGAUGCUGAAGAAAUAGCUUGCCAAGAACGGGAAGAGUUGAAAAUAUUUCUUACAGAAUUACGAGAGAAAAUCGGAACAAAAUCUCGAUUAAGAUUGGAAAAUACCAAAUUUGAGUUACCCGAUGAUGGUUAUUUUGCCAAAUUGGAUUCAAACUUAAAGCGUAAUACGGCUUUUGUAAAGAAACUGAAACAAUUUACAGCCGCCCAGUUGGAAGCGUUACUCAAGGACAUGAAGAGUCUUAAUUUGACCAAGUAUAUAUCAGAAAUUUGUUCUGCUUUAUCUGAGGCAAAAAUUAAAAUGACUGAUGUGACAGCUGUGGUGAUAUUGUGCUCCAAAUUGCAUCAAACCUAUGAUGAAUUUGACAAUGAGUUUUUUGAAGCUUGGCAGAAAACUUUAUUAUUAAAGCCCGGUGAGAAAUUUAGCAAUCCUAGUAAAUUGCGUGUAGAUUUAAGACUUUUCGCUGAACUGGUAAGUUCCGGUGUGAUCAAUAGCAAACAAGGUCUGGGUCUAUUAGGAAAUGUUUUAACAACUAUUAUAUCGCAAGAUAAAGAAGAUUAUAGCAAUUUAUCCAUAAUUCUAUCAUUUUGCCGUCAUUGUGGUGAAGAAUACGCCGGUCUCGUGCCACGCCGUAUGCUCGAUUUGUCGCAAAAGCAUGACCAGCAAACCAUACCCAAGUCGGAUUUCUUAACUCCAGAUAAACAGCAAAAUUUACGCAAUCUUCUAAAGGAUUAUUUUAAAAACUUUUGUAAGCAUUUAUUAAGCGAACAAGCCCAAUUGAUAAAUAUGAAAAAUAAUUUAAAAAUCUCAAUGGCUUCUAAAGGGGAGAUUUCUAAUAAAUCCAAGGAGAAAUGUGAACUAAAGCAGGCUAAUUUUGAUAAGCUAUUGUCUUCGGGUCAAUUGUUAUCAGAUCUUUUGGAUGAGUCAUUGCCUGAAUUAGCUGUAGAAACUGAAAAUGUUAGUUCCGGUAAUCCAAUUGAAACUAUAAUGGAAAAUUUAACAGUGGGUGAAUUAGACCCUUGGCGUGACGAGGAAACUAAAAAUUUUUAUACCGAUUUACCGGAUUUGAGGCAGUUUUUACCGAAUUUUUCAGCACCCAAAGUGGAUCCUGCACAGAUUGAAGAACCAACCAUAAUGACUGAAGAAGCUUUACUCGCUGACAUAGAAAACGAUAUCGAUCUAGAUGAUCCGCCUUCAAUUGCAUCGGAUCCGGGCAAUGAAAAAGAAAUAACUGAACAAGAAGAAAUAAAUAUAAAAGAAAAAAGCGAUAAGACGACAACAUCAAAAGAUUCUAGUCGUAGCGGAAGUAUAAGUGGCAAGACUGCAAAACAGCAUUUCGAUCAAUUUUUAAUUAAUUUGAACAAUUGCGUGAAUAAAGAAUUGAUCGAUUCUGCGGCCAUAGAGUUUCUGUUGACUUAUAAUACAAAAAAUAAUCGAAAGAAAUUGACAAAAUCAAUAAUAUCCGUACACAGAACACGUUGGGAUCUAUUGCCAUUUCUUUCACGAUUUGUAGCGAUCGUCAAUCUCUGUCAUACCGAUGUAGCUUUAGAUUUAUCGGAACUACUACGUAAGGAGUUCAAAUGGCACGUACGAAUGAAAAAUCAAUUUAAUAUUGAAUCAAAAAUCAAAGUUGUUCGUUUUAUGGGAGAAAUGGUUAAAUUUGGUUUAUAUAAAAAAUUCGAUGCUCUUAGCUGCUUGAAAAUCCUGCUUAGAGACUUCCAACAUCAUCAUAUUGAAAUGGCCUGUGCCUUUAUUGAAGUUGCCGGUGUCUACUUAUAUAAUUUCAAAGAUUCGCGUUGGCUUAUGAAUUCUUUUCUGGAUCAAAUGUUGCGUUUAAAAACGGUUACUGCCCUAGACUCGCGCCAUGCCGCCCAAAUUGAAAACGUUUACUAUCUGGUUAAGCCGCCGGAAACUGUUAAACAAGACGUUAUACUUCGACCAGCGAUACAAGAAUACAUCAGGCAUUUGAUAUUCCAAGAGUUAAACAAACAAAAUGUUGAUCGUUGCAUUAAAAUGAUCCGACGUAUAAAUUGGCACGAUCCGGCUGUUAGCAAUUACGCGAUUAAAUGCAUGUCUAAAGCGUAUUUGCUGCGUUUUCCUUUGAUACGUUGCCUGGCAGAUUUGGUAUCAGGUCUUAGUUCCUAUCAAGAAAGGACCGUAACUAUGGUGGUGGAUAACGUCUUUGAGGAUAUCAGAACUGGCCUGGAAAUUCAUUCGCUUAAACUGGCUCAACGACGUAUAGCUAUGGCCAAGUAUUUGGGAGAAUUAUAUAAUUAUAAAUUGGUCGACUCCACUAAUAUACUUAAUACCCUGUAUUCUAUAAUUUCGCUGGGUGUCACUAUGGAAGACGGUGCAAUAUCAGAAUUAGAUCCGCCAGAUAGUUUAUUUCGUUUGAAGUUAGCUUGUGUAUUAUUAGAUACCUGCGGUCCGUUUUUUACCAACAAACGCAAAUUAAAUUAUUUCUUGGUAUUUUUUCAACAUUAUUAUUGGUUUAAAAAGUCGAAUCCAAUCUUUAGUAAAGUAGAAGAUACCCAUGAUUUGUUCCCUAUAUUGGUAGAUCAUAUGUAUCGCGACUGUUUGACUAACGUUAGUCCAAAGUUGAAAUUAUACAAAAAUCUCGAAGAAGCCAAAGAAGCCAUUAAUAAACUUAAAGCUAAGCUUUAUCCUCGAUUAGAAGAACUAAACAAACUUAGGGCGAGUAAUGAAGCUGUAAGUCUCCCUGCAAUACCAGAGGACAGCGAAUUAGAUGAUCGGCCUAGUAAUGAUUCUUCUUCGGAGCUGGAUGCCGGACGAUCGCGCAAAACUCCGGAAUACAACGAUGAUGACGCCACUAAUCCGGCCAAUACAACCGAUUGGACUGAAAACGAAUAUAUGGCAGAUGAUGAACCUAAGGUAGUGGAAAAAUCCAAGGAAGAUUUAGAAUUUGAGCAAAUGUUUGAGAAAAUGGCCCAAGACAGCUAUCAAGAACGUCUUAAAGACAAUGUUAAACCAAAUACAAAAGAUAUUCCCGUUCCUAUGAUGGUCAGAAACACAAAAAAGUCGUAUGAUCAAAUAACGGCUGGAGCAGCUGGCACGCAAUCGAUGUCCGGUGUUGAUACAAAAAAUAACAACAACAAUAGCGCCGUCCCAUUUGUUUUAAUGGUGCGCGGAGGCAAGGGUGGAAAACAGCAAUUUAAGCAAUUUACUGCUCCUUCAGAUUCUCAAUUGGCUAUAAAUCUGAAAUUAGAAGAAGAAAAAAUACGCGAGGAGAAGGAACGCGUUAAACGUUUAACUUUAAAUAUAACUGAGCGAAUUGAGGAGGAAGACUAUCAAGACUCGUUAAUGCAAACUCAGCGAAACUCCUUGCCCGAUCCUUAUGCGCGUCCUACCAAACCGAAAUUUAAACACCAAAAAGGGGCACCCGACGCCGAUUUAAUAUUCAAUUAGAUUUAAAUUUUCACAUUGUUCACAUUGCAAAAACAAUAACAAUUCAUUUUCUUUUCUGAGUUUAUGUUUACUUCAUCUUUAAAUUUAUCUCUAGCAUACAUAUAUUUCUUUAGAAACGUCCUGUAAGGGC